AGGGAGCCCGCGCACCCCUGCCCCAGGAUCAGUCAGUGUUGAAGUGUGAGUGAUGAUGUGGUGUGGUGGUGGUUGUAGGUGGGGUGCUGCGUGACCAUGCGCGGUGUCACACCACCGCGGGAGUGUGCAGGGGGUGACUUGCAGGGCGGCCACGGGCACUGCUCGGCCAGCCCGCUCUGCCGACGACCGUGACCAUGCACGCCGCCAUCAUGCUCAGACUAGUGUUAGUGUUAGUGUUGCAGUGCCUGUUGACUAAUGGGCAAGGGCCAGGGCCGGGGCCGGGGCCUGGGCCACAGGGGGGAGUGCUGGAUGAGGAGCUGGACAAGAUGCAAUCACGCGCCGUGGAUACGCGCGUCAAGUUCACUGUGAUGGAGGGCCACCCGGCCAACACCUUCGUGGGUAUCAUCCCCCUCAAGCCGGGCUUCACCUACCGCUUUAAUGAGUCCCCUAAAGAGUUCACCCUCAAUGGUACCACUGGAGAGAUACGCACCACGGACGUGCUGGACCGUGAGGCCCUCGACACGGACCGCUUCGACCUGGUGGUCCUGUCGUCACAGCCAACCUACCCCAUCGAGGUGCGCAUCAACGUUAUCGACAUCAACGACAACUCACCAAGGUUCCCGGAGGCCUCCAUCCACGUCACCUUCUCUGAGAGUGCCAACGCCGGCACCAGGGUCAUCCUUGACACGGCAACUGACGGCGACGCCGGCGACAACGAUAUCACCACCGACUACAAGAUCGUCGAUGGCAACGAAGAUGGUAAAUUCAAGCUUCAGGUGACGAUAAACCCUUCAGGAGAGACGCCGUACCUUCACCUGGAGACGACGGACAGGCUGGACCGGGAGACUCGGACUGUUUAUCAGCUCAACAUUUCUGCACAGGACGGUGGGUCUCCGCCGAGGUUCGGGUUCUUGCUAGUCAACGUGUCCAUCUUGGACGUGAACGACAACCCGCCCAUCUUCGACCACAGUGACUAUAACGUUUCCCUGAACGAGUCUGUACCUCCUGGCACGUCUGUGCUACAGGUACAGGCGACGGACAACGACGUAGGGGAGAACGCCCGACUCACCUAUUACCUGUCGGAGACGGAGACGCAGUUCACGGUGGAUCCCGAGACGGGCAUCAUCAGCACUGUGGAGCCUCUCAGCUGCCACCAGAACUGUCAACAACUACAGCCGUGUCCCAAGAGUUGCGUGUUUACUGUGUUCGCCAGGGACCACGGGUCGCCGCUCCAAGAUGGCCGGACUUACGUCACCGUCAACCUACUGGAUGCCAACGACCACGACCCGGUCGUCAGCUUUAGGUACUUCCCCACCACAGCUGACUUCGCAACCGUCGACGAAAAUGCGCAGAACGGGUCUGUGGUCGCUGCCGUCUCCGUCAUAGACGCUGACGAAGGUCCAAACGGGGAAACAACAGUAGAAAUACGAGCUGGCAACGAGCUCAGCCAUUUUAGACUCGAUUCCAAAUCUGGUUUCGACAUUGUACGAGUGAACGGUGUGUUAGAUCGUGAGAAAAUUGGUAAAUACAACGUUACCAUCGUAGCCACAGAUAAGGGGACUCCUCCGAGGUCGUCAACAGCCUUUCUUAUUAUCCACGUUAACGACAUCAACGACCACGAGCCAGUGUUUGAGAAGAGCGAGUACUCGGCUGUGUUGAGUGAGCUUGUUCCUAUCGGCACCUACGUGGCUGGCAUCACCGCCAAUGAUGAGGACACAGGUGUUAACUCCAACAUAUACUACGCCAUCGUCUCUGGCAACGACAACCAGUGGUUCGACAUCGACCUACAGAGUGGCCUCAUCACCACCAAGGCGCCCCUCGACCGAGAGGUGAAGGACUCGAUCGACCUGAAGAUCUCUGCUCGUGAUGGUGGACCAAACCCCAAGUGGGCGUACACUCACCUUAAAAUAUCCAUAUUGGAUGAAAACGACGAGAAGCCGACAUUUUCUCAGGAGAUGGUGAACGUGAGUCUGUCGGAGAACACCCCGCCUGACACCCUGGUGACGCUGGUGUUGGCCGUCGACCACGACCAAGGCACCAACGGCAGCGUCUCCUACAUGUUUGACCAAGACGUGGAACACAAUUAUCCGGGAAUAUUCGCUCUCGACGUCUCCUCUGGUCGACUCACCACCAAGACCAAGUUAGACCGGGAGGCGAUGCCCCAGUACGAGAUCAAAAUAGUGGCCAAGGAUCAGGGAAUACCUCCCCUGUCGUCGACGGCGACAGUCGUGCUGAAUGUACAAGACGUCAACGACAACAGUCCAGAGUUUUACCCACAACAGUAUUUCGUGGUGGUGCCCGAGGACCUGCCCCUGGGGUCCUCCGUCCUACAGGUCUCAGCCACAGACAAGGACAUCGGGGAGAACGCUGUCACCACCUACGAGCUCAACGUGGGGGAGGACAACGAAAACACCUUCGAGUUAGAUCGAGACACCGGUAUAUUGAGCUUGAGUGGUCGGCUGAGUCACAUCAGAAAAGCUCAGUACCGCCUCACGGUAGCUGCGAGAGACACUGGUGACCGCAAGGCUGUGGAGGACGCCACUGUUGACAUCGUGGUGGAGAGCAAUCAGAUAGAAUUGCUGGAGUUUGAACAGAACGAAGGAUACAAGUUUUCGCUUUCUGAAGAUGUUGGCAAGAAGGAACCUGCAGCAGGGCGGAAGAUGGGCAGGGUGAGCGUGCUGAACCCAGCCUCUGUAGGCGAGGUCAGUUACGCCAUCAUCGCUGGCGACCCUGACAAGGUGUUCUCGAUUGAUGAGAGGACAGGUGUCAUCAGCACAGCCAGGAGGAUUGACCGAGAACAGGCAGCGUACUACAGCCUCCGGACGGUGGCGACCACGACCUCAGCUUAUGGACGGACUUGGGUCAACGUGACAGUGGAGGACGUGAACGAUAACCCUCCCAAGUUUCCCAUCACCAGAGCCCACGCCACGGUGGCCGAGAACUGGCCCGUGGGUCACCAGGUCUACCUAGCCCGAGCCUACGACAGCGACUACGGGGAGAACAGCAAGAUAACGUACAACCUCUCCAAUAACCCGGAUGAUUACUUCACCAUCUCGAGGACCAGCGGCAUGAUCUACCUCAACAAACCCGUCAAGUACAGCAAGACGAGCAACUUCCGGCUGGAGGUGGCGGCCUCUGAUGCUGGGUUACCGUCCCUUACAUCUCGCCAGAUCGUUACCGUCACAGUCGAGGACGUCAACGACCACACGCCCAUCUUCGAGCACGGGUCGUACGAGACUUCUCUGCUGGAGUCAACGCCAGUGAAUGACAGGUUCUUCGCCCUCACCGCCUCUGACGAAGACGACGGUAUGAACGGGUUUGUCUCCUACGACAUAACUGAGGGUAAUGAAGAACGCAAGUUUGGCAUCUUCCCCGACGGUUACCUGUACGUCAAGAGCGCCCUGGAUCGUGAAGCUCAGGAUUAUUUCGCCCUGACCAUCGUGGCCAGGGACCAUGGCACGCCGCCCCGCUCCUCAACUGUCUCUGUCGUCAUUCAUGUCAUUGACGAGAAUGACAACUCUCCAGUCUUCACAAACUCGACUUUCACGUUUUACCUGGACGAGAACGAGCCUCCCGACACCUAUGUGGGGAAACUGACGGCAGCAGACAAGGACAAGGGCAGAAAUGCGGAGCUCACUUAUUCCAUUGCUACAAAUCAAAACGAUUUUGUAGUUGACCCCAAGAGCGGCUUCCUCAAGACCUUACAUUACUUCGACAGAGAGCAGCUCGUCCAAACAACUGGUCUGGACUACAUCUCCAUGGAGGCUGUAGUCCUGGACAACGGCAUCACGCGUCUGAGAGAUAAAACUAAAGUCAAUAUCUACAUCACAGACGUCAAUGACAACCCACCCAAGUUCCUGAGGAAACCUUACCGAGCACAGGUACCUGAAAAGGCUCCUCUCAGCACGCAGGUGAUUCGGAUAUCAGCCACGGACGCAGACGAGGGCCUGAACGGGGAUGUUGUGUACACCAUAGUUGACGGGAAUGAUGAAGGUCGCUUCAAGGUGGACGAAACGACGGGUCAGGUGACACUCGCCAAGCCCCUGGACCGAGAGUCAACCCCUCGUUACCUCCUGACGGUUGCAGCAGCUGAUCUGGGCAGUCACCCUGGCCUUACUGCCACCGCCACGCUCACUGUGGACGUCCUGGAUGAGAACGACAACGCCCCAGAGUUCACCCAAAGUGAGUCCGAGAUUUCCAUCGUGGAGACAACACCAGUCAACACCGUGCUGGUGCAGUUCCAGGCGUCAGACGCUGACUUGGGCGUGAAUAAAGACGUGGCCUUCAUGAUAGGAGGAGGGAACAUGCAAGAAGCCUUCCGCAUUGACACCAAAACUGGAACUCUGUACCUGGAGAGAUUACUGGACUUUGAGAAGCAGAGUUUGUAUCGUCUGAACAUAACAGCAGCUGACGGAGGCUCUCCUCGUCUGACCUCUACCAUAUCCUUCGUGGUUCACGUGUUGGACUACAAUGACAACCCUCCAGCCUUUCCCAACACCGCCAUCUGGCGAAGGAUUGAGGAAGGUAUUCUUCCCAACACACCGAUUGUCACUGUCACAGCUGAAGAUCCGGAUUCUGGUGAAAACGGUAAAAUCAAAUACACCAUCAAGAGUCAGGAGCCGCCCGGCAUGCAUUUCUCAAUCGACGAAAACACUGGUAACGUGUCAACUCUGAAGGACAUUGAUCGCGAGUUUUCUGACACCUUCCGUCUGACUGUCGUGGCCACGGAUCAAGCAGAACCUAAAUCAGCUCGUCGAUCUGCGGAGAAACUGGUGACUGUCAUCGUGGAGGACAUCAACGAUAACGCUCCUCGCUUCGUCUCCAUGAACGCUGGCAUCUUGGACGAGAACUCUCACUCAGGGACGGAGAUCAUGCGAGUGUCAGCUCGAGACCUGGACGCAAACACCAACGGUCUGGUCACCUACGACCUGGUGGCCGGCGAUAAGGACAUCUUCCGCCUGGACCGUAUCACGGGGUCACUGUCCGUGAAGCAGGAGGUCACCAGUCCCAAGAUCAUGUACUGCGUCACUGUCCGUGCUACUGACGAGGCUGUACAGUCGCAGCGGAAGUCUUCCGACGCCUACCUCACCAUCCUGAGCGCCUCGUCUCAGGAUGGACCCAAGUUCUCACAAAAAUCGUACUCGGGAUCAGUGUUAGAGAGUUCCAACAUUGGCACGUCCGUCGCCACAGUGAGCGCCCGUCUCGGCUCCAACGCGCUGACGGAUAUAGCCUACUACGUGGUGAACGUGACGGGCGCAGACGGGGAGCUCAUGAACCGUAUGUUCACCAUGCAGCAGCAGGGCGUAGUGGUGACGGCGGCCGUCCUCGACCGUGAGGACGGUCCCAACAACUACGUGGUGACCGUGGCAGCCGUGGUCACACAGGGACUCACUCCUAGACUCUCCACAACUCAGGUAAGUGUUGAGCCACACCUGUGUUAA